AUGUCUUCUCGUCGGACCAAUCGCGCUCGCGACCCAGUGAGCUCUGGCGACGACUCUUCUCAUCUUGACGUGACAGUCAAGGUGCCGUCACACAAGCUGCGCCAGGCUACUCGCGGGGCCGCCCCUCCUCGUGACGACUCUUUUGAAGGCGGACAGGUUUUGAACCAAAAGCGCGACCGCGGCGGCAAAAAGAAAUAUGUCGUUGACGAUUCAAGUCUCGACGACGAUGAAGAUGACGAAGACGGCGAGGUUCAACUGGAUGAUGAUGACGAUGAAGAAAUGGGGGAGGAUGAGGAGGAUGCAGAGGGCGAGGACGACAUGGACGUUGGUGCUGAAGGCGACGAAGACGCGGAUGGUGACAUGGACAUGUCAACCGCUUCAGCUGUCCCGCCGCCCCGUUCUGGAGCCGGUACCACCAUCAAGAUCUCUCGAGGCGCUCGGCCGUCUACCACCCGCGCUGCCCCGGAUGAUGAGGACGAUGAUGAUGAUGAGCUGAGCGAACCAGUCGACAGCGACAUGGGUGACGAGACUUUGGGUCUUGACGCCGGAAAUGCCGACGAAGAUGAAGAGGAGGACGCAGAAGGCGAUGAAGAUGCGGAAGGCGAAGAGAUCGAUGAUGUCGCCAAUACAACGGCUGCUGGACUCGACAGCGAGGAUGUGAGCGGCGACGAAGAGCCGGAUCUAAACAAAAUGACCAAGCGUCAGCGAGCACGGUUCGAGGAAGGCCCUCAGGAUUUCAUGAAACUUUCAGAUGAGGUCCAAGCUAAGAAACACUUUACGGCGGAAGAACUUUCUAUGCGCAGGCAAGAGAUGGCGCGCCGCCGACGCAACCUAAGCGAAAAGCGCAACGAAGAAGUCAAGAUGGAGACGAUCAACAAGCUCCUGAAAAAGCAAGCGCCCAAGGUCAACAAGAAAGCGGCAGCUGCCGCAGCCGCCGCAGAGGCAAAUUCCGAAGAGGGCGAGCAUGGCAGCCGCAACAAUCCAGUGUUCAUUCGGUGGACCAGCACCAAGAGUGGUAAUCGAGUGGGCGUAUCCAACGACUUGAUUGAGGGUCCCGCCGGCAGUUUAUUUGGUCCGCCUUCCAGCGGCUUAAAGCGGGGCAAAAUGGUCAACGAAGUGGCAUGA